CAAAAUUGGAUCUAACUCAUCGACAUCUAGUACUACGUAUCUGUCUACUUGAACGGCCGAAGUGUCCAACGCCCGGCUAAGUUGCCGACUCACUUCACGGCGUCUCCCGCCGGCCAGCUCCAGGACGCAGCACGUUGUCUCCUUCUCGCCUCACGCCCGUCACCCGGUCGCCUGCACUCCGCCAUUUACCGGCCCUUCGGUGGUUCGGCCAAUCCGCCCUUCUCAAUAGUCACCUUCCGACCUUCCGUAGUCCCGAUCUGCCAAACGAUGGAGUUGCUUAAGAUAUGCAAAAUAAGCUACUUUCAAUGAGUAGAAGUUCUCCAUCUUGAAGUAGCUUAAAGUAGCUUGAUGAAGGUUCCGUGUGCUCUUUGCUCGUUAUAUAUACUACUCCGUAUAUACAUAUAUAUGGUCUUAUACUCUUAUCCUGCACCAAGACAAUAAAUACCGAGUAUGUGGUAUUGGUAAUUUCAAUAGUCAUUUUGAAGAUCACUCCAAUUUAUUACGGAGUAUUAUUCUCUUUUGUAAAAAUUGUGUUUUAGUGGGAUUCUAUAAGUCACUUCAAUUAUUAUUCUACAAAUUGUACUCCGUAUAUACUAUAUAGUUGGGAAUUUAAAAAGUUACUUCAAUUAUUGCUCUAGCAUUUAUUAUUCCUCUACUCAAUAAAGCUUUUUUAGUAUUCUGUGCGGUUGUCUUCUAAUACCUUUUAGGAGUGCUAACGUAGAAUUGCUUUAAAGAUGGUGCACUAUCCCGCCCAAAAUCCCGCCAAAACUCCCCCACACUUUUCUGUUUUACUAUAUAAUAUAGAUUUCUGCCUCACCCAGUCACGUACCCCGCCCCAGCCCCGCGCCCCACCCGCUUUGCGGCCUGGUAGUUCUUCUCACUUCUCAGCUUCUCGGAGUUUUGGCUGCCAUCUGCAGUUCAGCUCAUCGGCUCAACAACCCCAGCGGCCUAGUAGGUUUUCAUUUGCCAAUCCUGAAACCAUAAAAGCUGCCUUGAAAACCUAUUUGGAAGAACGAUUUAGAAACAUACAAUAAAGCUUCUAAUGGAAAGCAGCAAUGGAAGUACAACUGGAGGCAGAGAGUGGAUGGCUGAGGAUGCCAUUGCUGGAAAUGCAGAGGCGGUCCGUGCUCUUCGGGAACUCAUUAUGUAUCCACUCCUGUAUUCUCAAGAGUCUCAAAAGAUUGGCCUCAAAUGGCCUCGUGGCUUGUUGCUCUAUGGUCCACCUGGUACUGGAAAGACAAGUUUGGUUAGAGCAGUUGUUCAAGAAUGUGGAGCACAUUUGACUGUUAUUAGCCCACACAGUGUCCAUAGAGCACAUACUGGAGAAAGCGAGAGAGUUUUGCGAGAAGCAUUUGCAAAAGCAUCGUCUCAUGCAAACCUUGGGAAGCCAUCUGUUAUCUUUAUAGACGAAAUUGAUGUACUAUGCCCUCGUCGUGAUUCUAGUUUGCGGAGCGGGGAGGCAUGAGCCGUUGGAAGUUUCCGUGCUUCAUAGAUUAUUGCACUUGCACAUAAUACUUUCAUAUUCAUAUUUCAUUCAACAUACUUGGUGAGUUUGCUAUCGCAGAAGAGAACAAGAUGUACGUGUAGCUUCUCAGCUCUUUAUGUUGAUGGACUCUAAUAAGUCCGUUUCAACAUCUGGAUUACAUGUUGUUGUAGUGGCAUCAACUAAUAGGGUUGACACACUCGACCCGGCUCUAAGAAGAUCUGGGCGUUUUGAUGCUGAGAUUGAAGUCACAACCCCUAAUGAAGAUGAACGUUUUCAUAUCCUCAAUCUUUACACUAAGAAGCUUCCAUUGGACCCCAGUGUUGACCUGCAGUCAAUCGCUGCCUCUUGUAAUGGCUAUGUUGGGGCAGAUUUAGAAGCUUUAUGCCGCGAAGCUACUAUGUCUGCUGUCAGACAAUCUUCAGAAUUAGAUCAAGUAGAUUGCUCUUGGAACAUAACAGUGGAUGACUGGAGGCAUGCCAAAUCUAUUGUUGGUCCUAGUAUAACAAGAGGUGUAGUUGUGGAAAUUCCAAAGGUUUCUUGGGAGGAUAUUGGAGGACUACAAGGCAUAAAGAAAAAGCUACAGCAAGCUGUAGAGUGGCCGUUAAGGCAUUCUGAAGCAUUUGCGCAGUUGGGAGUAUCACCUCUUCAUGGCAUCCUUCUUCAUGGACCUCCAGGGUGCUCUAAAACCACCCUUGCAAAAGCUGCUGCUCAUGCUGCACAGGCUUCCUUUUUUUCGUUGAGUGGUGCAGAAUUGUAUUCAAUGUAUGUCGGUGAAGGUGAAGCUUUGUUGCGCAAUACAUUUCGAAGAGCUCGACUUGCAGCACCAAGCAUUAUUUUCUUUGAUGAAGCUGAUGUCAUUGCUGCCAAACGUGGUGGAAGUUCUAGCAGAAGCAGCCUUGUUGGGGAGAGACUUCUGUCUACUCUUUUGACUGAAAUGGAUGGCCUGGAGCAAAUGAAGGGGAUUCUUGUUUUAACUGCAACCAAUCGCCCUCAGGCAAUUGAUGCUGCACUUAUGCGACCUGGGCGCUUCGAUCUGGUUCUCUAUGUGCCGCCACCAGAUUUAGAAGCUCGAUGUGAGAUCCUUCGUGUGCAUACACGUAACAUGAAGUUAGAUGCCGAUGUUGACAUUAGGCAAGUAGCUGAGAAUACGGAUCUCUACACAGGGGCAGAGUUGGAAGGGCUGUGCAGAGAAGCCGGAAUUGUUGCUUUAAGAGAAGAUAUUUCAGCCACUGUUGUGUGUGAUCGACACUUCCAAACCGUCAGGCAGUCACUAAAGCCAGCGCUCACCCAGGGAGAAAUUGAAUCAUAUUCCUCCUUUAUGAAGAAGGAGAAGGAGAAGAACCCAUCUCUCUGUUCUUCUAGUACACUUGAAUCCUCCAGCUACAAUCAGAGCAGCAAGACAAGUCGGCAUCUUUUGAUGAGUCCUGCUCUUAGAAUCUGUAUUUUUAGUGUAGUUUUGUAUGUUGCUGCAAUUUAUGCGUUCACACCGGCCGUUCUAUUGUCUAAAGAACUAAGAAGUACUUAGAAUUUGGUACUGGAUCUAUGCUCAUUUUAAAAUGCUACAUCAAUGCAUACUACAAAAGUAUCGUAUUACAUAAGAUUUGCGUAGGAGUUGAUUAUGGAUACUAGAUCGAGCACAUACCUGGAUACUCUAUUGCAUGUUUCUAAUAUUCAAUACAAGAGAUUUGAUGUUCAAUGAAAAUUUCUUGAUGCUCAAUAAAAAAAAUUUAUG